ACGACCGACUAAGACGUUUGGCUCAACCCCGAAUCUGCUGAUCACCGCUUCCAUCGACUACAUAUCAGCUACCGCUACGGUUCGGACCAUCGGUCGACGGAGCGACGGGCAGGCAGCACCUUGACCGCCACGGCAGCGACCGUCCAAUUUGAAAGCCCAACGCCGAACACUUUAGUCACCGGUCUAAACAGACCGCUAAAAUGUCCUCACCGCGAACGCCGCAGCACUCGCGCCACCCUUCUAUCGACCACUCCGUCUCAUACGCCCCGUACUCGCCAGGGGAGCGCCGCCAAUCCAAAGCUUCUUCAUUCAAUGAUUCAUCCAUGGACCUGGGAAUAUCUGGUGGUGGCGGGGUUGGCGACGCAGGAGGCGGAGGGCUGGGUAACCUAGCUGACGAGCUGGCCGGCGCUUUCUCCGACGACGAAGAGGACUAUGAUGGGUAUGAAGAUGACGACUAUGAUGAGGGAGCGGCGGAUGGACAGGGUGCUGAGGGGGGGACGCCGGGGAUAAGUCUCGAGGAUGUUACCAUAGACGACGAUAAGAAGGAGGAGGGGAUCAGGGACAGUGGCGUGGAGGUCGGGAGUCCGUCUGGCUCCGGGAAGGGGCACAACUCCAAAGGGAGUCUGGGGCUCCCAACGCCGAACGGGCGGGGGCAUCGAAGGAAGGGCAGCGAGUACGACGGCAGCGAGUACGGGAGCGAGUCGGACCUCGAGUCACCCGGGAUGCCAUCCAAACUAGUAGAGCAGAUGGACGAGGUCGAAUCGCUUGCCCGCCGCGGUACGGAAAAGAACGGCUCGGCCACAGACGGGACCUUCAAGCGCGUAACUGACGGUCUCCGUGACCUCGGCUCACAAGGCAACGUCGAAGGUGGCGCCACUCGGUUAAUAACCGCCCACUCCGCCCUCACAACCCACCUCACCCACCAAACCCGCCAACUCCACAACCUCACCUUCCCCCUCCUCUCCCCGCUCGCGGCACCCCCCACCGAAGAAACGCUCGAAAGCCUCCUCCCCAUGCUACUCAGCCUCACAGAGCUGAUGCCGCGCCCCGCAACCCCCGCCCUGCAAUCCCUCUCCUCCCUGCACACCCUCACGGGCGACCUAGUGCAAACCCUCAACUACCUGUCCGACACACUCCACAUGUCGCGCCAGACAACGACAACAGCAACGCGGCGGCUGCGCGCCGCGCGCGAGACGGUCGCCGAGCUGCGCCGCGACGAGGAGCUGCGCGAGGAGGGCGAGCGCUGGCUCGACCGCGGCGGCUGGGGCGAGCGCCUGCAGCGCCGCGAGUGCGCGCGCGCCUGUGGUGAUGUCGUUGCCGGCUUUGAUAAGGUCUGCGACGAUUGGCGCGAUCGUCUGCUCAGUCGCCUCCAGGCCGAUGAGGCCACCGCCCAGGCUUGAUCUGACCCGUUGUCGUUUGUCCUGGCUUGGC